AUCUGAACUGCGCUGUCUGUAUUUCGGACGUCACCCGGCAUGGUGGUAGGCGCUGAUCUGUAUGCAGAGUGAAAUCUAUCAUGACUGUGAUGUCAUCGGCACACCGCAGAUACUGAGCCAUGGGUAACACAGAAAGUCAUAGCGGUGGCCAUGGUUACUAUGGAGAUGGUCAGCGCCACCUCUCCCGUAAGCAUAUGUCCCGUUCGCUCCGCCUGUCCAGCAAGCAGACGUACUGUUCCCGCCGAACGGCGUCCGGAAAACCGGAGCACCGCAACUCCGAGACCAGCACCCGCUCCAGCAGCACUCCCAGCAUCCCACAGUCGCUGGCCGACCACGGCCUGGAGCCCUUCAACGACUCCGACAUGCUGCCCGACUUCAGCGGCCCUAUUUGGGUGGACCGCGUGGCCAUGAAUCUCCGGCCCAUGUCCUUCCACAAUCACCCGGCUCAUUCGCCCGCCGCCAAACAAGCCGUGCAGGACGCCGCCGAGCCGCCGGAGGACGCCCUCGUCCAACGCACGCGAGACUCCCAAGACGCCUCCAGCUUUAAAAAGAAGCGCUCUAAGUCUGCGGACAUGUGGAGGGAGGACUCGCUGGAGGUGUCCUUAUCCGACCUGAGCCAGGAGCACCUGACCAGCACGGAGGAGAUCGGAGACACCCCGGACGACUGCGAACCCUGCUUGCAGUCGUCCGCUCAGGACCGAGCCAAUUCUUUAGACGAGCUCUACGGGCCGAAGAGCCCCGCUUGCAGGCCCACACACGGACGCUACGCCAAAUGGCACAAGGGAGGCGGGACAAGCAGAGAAGGUGAUGAGGAUAAGAUGAUCUCACCCUGUGAGGACGACGGGGCCGCGUACGGCGCCUACACACUGCCCUGCCGUCGAUCUCACUGUCUGUCAGAGGGACCGACCAAUCAUCAAGGAGUUAUGCAAGGGAGGCGGGCACAAACCAUACAAGAUGUCACAGCAGGAGACGGCAGCGAUUACGAGGACAGUGGUAUCGAUGGGCUGACGGGGGACAGCGAGGCGUCUCAGCACCACGCUCGUCGCUAUAAGACCAUGUCUGCGUCUUUCUCGGCUUACUCCACGUCAGCAGGGGGCGCCUUCGCCGGGAGCGACAGUGGGAGCAGCAGCGGGGCUGGAGCGGGACCCUCAGAGGGCACACAGGGAGUCUACGAGAACUUCCGCCAGGAGCUGGAGCAGAACGUGAGCCCGGCGGAGGUUCCCGAGGAGAGAAGCUCGGCGUUCAGCGACGAGCAGAGCAGCGUGACCCUGAGCUCAGCGUAUCACACCGACCCUCUGCUGAACGUGGCCGCCGUACAGGGAACCGUGCGCAAAGCUGGGCGCCUCGCCGUCAAAAACUUCCUGGUGCAUAAAAAAAACAAGAAGGUGGAGCUCGCCCCUCGCCGCAAGUGGAAGAGCUACUGGGUGUCCCUCAAAGGGUGCACGCUGUUUUUCUACGAGACGGACGGCCGGUCGGGCAUCGAUCACAACAGCGUCCCUAAACACGCCGUGUGGGCCGAGAACAGCAUCGUCCAGGCCGUCCCAGAACACCCCAAAAAAGAUUUCGUCUUCUGCCUGAGUAACUCGCUCGGAGACUCCUUCCUUUUUCAGACCUGCAGCCAAACGGAGCUUGAGAACUGGAUCACGGCCAUCCACUCGGCCUGCGCCGCCGCCGUCGCUCGACAACACCACCGCGAAGACACGGUGCGCCUGCUGCGGGCCGAGAUCAGAAAGCUGGAGCAGAAGAUCGACAUGGAUGAGAAGAUGAAGAAAAUGGGAGACAUGCAGCUCUCCGCCGUCACUGACGCCAAGAAGAGGAAGACCAUUCUGGAGCAGAUUUUCCUGUGGGAGCAGAAUUUAGAGCAGUUCCACAUGGAUCUGUUCCGCUUCCGCUGUUACCUGUCCAGCCUGCAGGGCGGCGAGCUUCCCAACCCCAAACGCCUGCUGGCCUUCGCCUCUCGUCCCACCAAACUGGCUAUGGGCCGCCUAGGCAUUUUUUCGGUCUCGUCCUUCCAUGCACUGGUGGCGGCUCGCACUGAGAGCGGCGUGAGGCGUCGGACACAGGCGAUGUCACGCUCCACCAGCAAACGCAAGAGUCGCUUCUCCUCACUAUGGGGUCUGGACACCCACUCCAAGAGAAAGAGUAAAGGUCAUCCCAGCAUUAACCAGGUUUUUGCAGAAGGGGAUGAUCCAGUCAAAAGUCCUCUAGAAGGCAUGUUUGAGGGUUCUUCUAGUGAGACGACGAAAGACACCAAGACCCCAGUCAAAGGUCUGCCAAGACCCAGCACGGAUCAUGACAUCUGGUCCCGAGACCACCUCACUCCAUCAUGGGUGCUGCUGCCAAACGACCAGCCUGUGUUAGCCAUCAUCCAACCCGGAGAGUCGGCCCUCGACAUGCUGGAAACCAUCUGCAAGGCUCACCAACUGGACCCCACUAAACACUACGUGCGGCUUAAGUUCCUCAUUGAGAACCAAGUGCAGUUUUAUAUCCCCAAACCGGAGGAGGAUAUUUAUGAUCUGCUGUAUAAGGAAAUCGAGCUGUGCUGUAAGAUCAGGAAGGUCAUCCAGUUUGAUCGGGAUGAGUCCUGCAUGAUCGGCUACGGUUUUUCCAUUUCAGUGGUGGAGGAGGACAGCGUUCAGCAGCUCUAUAUCACUGACGUGAGAGCUGGAGGAUUAGCGUUCGCUAAAGGUCUGAAUGCGGGAGAUGAGAUUCUGCAGCUGAACGGGAAGGACGCCCGCACUCUGACCUUCGCUGACAUGAAGGUGGCGUUCGCCCAGGUCUCUCUCUCUCUCACCGUCAACACGCUGCCCCCUGUCGACCGCCGGCAGCUCUGCUUCCUGCCACCGAGACGCUCGGACGCUGUAGACAACCUCUACACAGACAUCUUCUCUCAGAGUCAGGAGGAGAUUCUGGACGACGGAGUGGGUCUGAUCGUGGAGACUUCAGGAGACAGUUUAGACGACGACUCGGAGCUCUUCGCUGAGUUUGAUGACUAUGGAAAGAGUACGGAGCAGGUCGCAGCUUUCUGCCGCAGUCUGCACGAGAUGAAUCCCUCAUCUGAGAUCGUCUCUUCCUCGUCCGGCCCGGAGUCUUCCUCGCUUCCUCCGAGCAACGCCACUCCACGACAGCUCUCCGAUGCCGACAAACUCCGCAAAGUCAUCUGCGAACUGGUGGAGACAGAGCGCACCUACGUCAAAGAUCUGAACUGUUUGAUCGGGCGAUAUUUAACCCCGCUGCAGAAGGAGUCUUUCCUCACUCAGGAUGAGCUGGACGUGCUGUUCGGAAACCUCCCGGAGAUGCUGGAGUUUCAGGUGGAGUUUCUGAAGACCCUGGAAGACGGGACCCGACUGGUUCCUGACCUGGAGAAACUGGAGCGAGUGGAAGAGUUCAAGAAAAUCCUCUUUUCUCUGGGCGGCUCGUUCCUGUAUUACGCCGACCGCUUCAAGAUCUACAGCGCUUUCUGUGCCAGCCACACCAAAGUGCCCAAAGUGCUGGUCAAAGCAAAAACAGAUACGGCCUUCAAGGCGUUUCUGGACGAGCGCAACCCCAAACAGCAGCAUUCGUCCACGCUGGAGUCGUACCUGAUCAAACCCAUCCAGAGAGUGCUGAAAUACCCUCUUCUCCUGAGAGAACUACACUCGCUCACAGACCCCGACAGCGAGGAGCACUACCAUCUGAACGUUGCAAUGAAAGCCAUGAACACAGUUGCCAGUCACAUCAAUGAGAUGCAAAAGAUCCACGAGGAGUUUGGAGCCGUCUUUGACCUCCUCAUCUCUGAACAGACCGGAGACAAGAAAGAGGUUGCUGACUUGUCUAUGGGAGAUUUACUCCUCCACACCAGCGUGACAUGGAUCAACCCGUCCUCCUCACUGGGAAAGUGCAAGAAAGAGCCACAGCUGGCCACAUUCGUGUUCAAAAUGGCUGUAGUGUUCAUUUGUAAGGAUUACUCCAAACAGAAGAAGAAAAUGGGUGGUUCUCACAGAGCGUCAAUCUCAGGUGAAGAGAAAGAUCCGUUCCGUUUCCGUCACAUGAUCCCCACGGACGCACUUCAGGUGCGCACACUGUCCAGUACAGAUGGAGAGAGCGCAGCGGUGUGUGAGAUCAUCCACGUGAAGUCUGAAUCAGAAGGAAGACCAGAGAGAGUGUUUCAGCUCUGCUGCAGCUCUCCUGAGAGUAAGAAAGACUUCUUGAAGACGGUUCACUCCAUCUUGAGAGAUAAACAGCGCCGUCAGCUGCUGAAGACCGAAAGCCUUCCUCUCAGUCAGCAGUAUGUUCCCUUCGGAGGAAAACGCUUGUGUGCCCUUAAAGGAGCCAGGCCGGCCAUGAACAGAGCAGUCUCCGCUCCGACACGCACGCUGGGCCGCAGGAAACUGGUGCGGAACCGCUUCACCAUCGACACGGACAUCGUUUUCGACACCGAGCCCGACAGCGACUCGCCGGACUCCCAGCACGCUCAGCAGCAGGGCAUCGUCCCGGCGGGCGACACCGACCGCUGGGUGGAGGAGCAGUUCGACCUCCAGCGCUACGAGGAGCAGGAACAGGACGUGAAGGAAACGGACAUCCUGAGCGACGACGACGAGUUCUGCCAGUCCGCUCUGAGCCCGUCCACCGACCCGGACCUGGAGGGACCGCUUUCCGCCCUCUCGCUGGAGGGAGACACGGCCGAGGAGGAAGAGGAGGAGGAAGAGGACGCCAAGAGGGACUGCAAAUCCCAGCAUGCCAAGCUGUCUCAUUUAGGGAAGCAGUGCGCCAUGUCGGUGGCCAGUGUGGACGAGCAGGUGUCCGGUGAAGACAUCUGGGUGCGGCGGGACAGCAGCACGGACAACGAGACACAGGACGAUACCCAGAGCUGAAACGCAUCAGGAGACGGACUCCGUUAAAGAAAUAAUUCGCUCCGAAAUUCUAAUUUGCCGAACGCUUAAUCGCCCGCAAGUUUGUUUUCCCGCAUCAGAUCAGGCGAAACGUAGCAUUACAUCAGUGUCUCAGCAAUGGAUGCUCUGCGGUGAAUGGGUGCCGUCAGAAUAAGAGUCUGAUAACAUGUCUUUCUGUACUGAAAGCUGAAUCUGAAAACUUUAAUUCAGGAGAGAAGUCUCGCAAAUCAAGCAUCGUUUACAAGCCAAACAGUCAAGCUCUGAUAAACAGAUUUUAAUGUGAGAGAGACAUCAUUAUGGAUUAUAUUUACAUUUAUUCAUUUAUCAGACACUUUUAUCCAAAGCAACUGGGGGAUACAUCAAGCGAUUAAUCCUAUCAUCAAGUUUGAAGGAAAAUGUUGAAUUUUUUCUGUUAAUGGCCCGUCCGUUAAUAUUUCAGCCAGAGAUCUAAAAGAGACUUUUCGGACUCGUUCUGACGGCACCCAUUCACUGCUGAGAAAGUACUGCUACGUUCAUCCAGAUCUGAUGAAGAAUCAAACCCGUCUGCAUCUCAGAUGACCUGAAGACGAUUACAGCAAAUUUUCAUUUUUGGGUGAACUAUUGCUCGCCAGUCAAACACAUCAGCCGAUGCAUGACGACAGUCUCUCCAUGCUAAUACUCCGAAUGUUAGACAUUCCUUUCCAAGUAGCUGUAAGAUACGACGCUUUAAACACAUUAGAUGAGCUCUACGUGUGCGCUGUGGCCAAUCAGAAACCGCAGGAAACGUGGUGGUACAAUCAAUAGAAUUAGAAUUGCACAUUCAGACCUUUCCGUUUCGUUCUUGACGUCGUUAAUUCCAAAAUAAGGGCUGGGAUUUAUUUAUUAUGUCCUUCGGAUGUAAGAAGAACGACAGCCUGGUUAAAUAUCUCGCUUUUUCGUUAUUUUUCUUCAGCAUUGGCUCAUACUUGUACAGAGAAGCUGCCUUUUCUUCUUUGAGUUGUAAAUAUUUGUGUUUAUUUCUUUGCGAUUUAUCCGAAGUGUACAUACCGACGCUAUUCUGACCUGAAAUCUACAUGCAAUUUCAAUAUUCACGUAGUAGUUGUGUUGAAUAUCGAUUUAGAUGCGUACAUCUCAGGUCAGAAUAAUGCAGAAUUAAUUUUUACGAUUUUUUUUUUUUUAUAUAGCUCAUUCUGCGUAGGUCAACUAUGUCCUGUUUUACUUGAAUUUUGUUGAUAAAUGCAAUAUGAUUUUUAGCUGAUGGACUGUUCUGUUCCUGUUUUAAAUGGUUUGUUGUGGUUCAGCUCUACACGAACGACACAUAAUGAACCGCGAUUUAAACACGAGCCCUUACGCAGACGAAAAUGUAUUUUUUUUUCAUUUAUCUUCUUUUUUUUUUUUUAUCUCGCGUUUAAACUUCGGUUUCACGUUUUUUAAAUUCCAAAAUUUGCUGAAUGCAAUCAAGAGAAGCCACUGGAAAAUAUUUUAGAUGAUAUUGCUUUCUAAUUGAAAACGUUCCCAUUGAGCUAUAGAGACUGCAUUUUUAUUUUGUAUAUAGAGCUGUGGAUUGAUAUUAUAUCAAAUAAAUUGGUUUCGUACAUAUCAAAAA